AUGUUCAGUCGGCUCCCUCAGGCGGCCCGGAUGGGCAUGACAACAGCUCUCGUCAUCUCAGCCUGUGUCGUCGAUUCCGUGACAAUCGCCUAUGACGGCUCCGUCAUGGGUUCCGUCAACGUCAUGCCGAGUUACAAAAGCUAUUUCCAGAUCACGACGACAACCAAGGCUGUCAACUCCACAGCCACCCACUUAGGCGCCAUCCUCAUGGCCUUCUUUGCCGGCUUCAUCGUUGACAAGCGCGGGCGAAGGGAGAGCAUAUUCGUCAGUGCUGUCAUCAAUAUCAUUGGAGCCGUCAUCAGUGGCAGCGCGCAGAAUAUCGCCAUGUUCAUCGCCGGCCGAAUGAUCAUCGGGAUCGGUGUCGGACUUGCUCAGACCGCCGCCGGAACCUAUGUGUCUGAGACAACAGCUCCUAAGAUACGCGCCUUCGCGCUUGGGAUGUAUUAUUCAUGCUGGGCUGUGGGUAGUUUCCUUGCUGCCGGCAUUUCAUAUGGCUGCUCUCAACUUCACCCGUCAGAUUGGGCUUGGCGAAUUCCUUCCUUCUUCCAAGGAUUCGCGCCUCUUCUAAUCCUCGUCAUCGUCCCAUUUCUGCCCGAGUCCCCUCGUUGGCUCAUUGCUCACGACCGCCUCGAUGAGGGCCUCAGCGUCAUUGCACGCAUAAAUGCUGGGACAAUCGACGACCCUACUGUGCAACUCCAGUACCGGGAGAUUAUCGACACACUCAACUACGAAAAAACAGAGGGGAAGAGCCUCGCCUUCCAGGAGAUCUUCCGAAACGCGCCCAACCGAAAGCGACUGAUGUUGGCUCUCUCACUAGCGCCUCUCACAAUGUUGACCGGUUCAAAUGUGAUCACGUAUUAUUACGGAGAUAUGCUUUCCCAAGCUGGCAUCACCUCUUCUCACACGCAGAUGGAGAUCAACCUGAUUCUGUCGGCUUGGCAGUUCGUCAUUGCGGUAUCAGGCUCGUUGCUCGCCGAGAAGCUUGGCAGAAGGGUCCUCUGCCUUUGCUCCUUAGGACUCUGCACCGCAAUGUUUUACCUCGUCGGGGGUCUCACUUCUCUCUACGGCUCCGGGGGCAGCCAGUCCGGCGUCUACGGCACUGUUGCUGCAAUUUUCCUCUAUCUCGGCUCCUACUCCUUUGGCCUGACUCCGUUGACAAACAUGUACCCCCCUGAGGUGCUCUCGUAUAAUCUUCGAGCCACGGGCAUGGGAUUGUUCACAGUCCUCGCUAAGGCGUGUGGUAUUUUUGUGACUAUGGUCUUUCCAUUCAUGUUCAAGUCACUCGGGUGGAAAACAUAUAUGAUUAACGCGAGCUGGAAUGUUGCUUUCUUCGUUUUUGUUUACUUCUUUUGGGUGGAGACCAAGGGGAAGACUCUGGAGGAAAUCGAUGUGCUGUUCGAUGGGGUCAAGCACUCCGAUGCACCGGACCUAAAUGCCGUGGAUGCUGACGAGAAGGCAAUCGAAACUAUGGUUGAGCGUGUUUAA